AUGAUACAUCUGGUUCCUGCUUACAGACAGAGACUAAAGCUCUCGAAACCUGCAGUGAGGAGCUCCAAAGUGUGGUCUGAUGAAGCUGUGGAAGAGCUGCGCGCAUGCAUGGAAUCUACAGACUGGGACCUUUUCAGAGCUGCCACAGACAGCUUGGAUGAAUAUACGGACACUGUGACGUCAUACAUCCACUUCUGCGAGGAUAGCAUCAUUCCAACAAGGACCAGGGUCAUCUAUAACAACGACAAACCCUGGUUCACUGCUAAACUCCGGCAGCUCAGGAAAGCAAAGGAGUCUGCUUUCAGGGAGGGGGACCGCAGCGGCUACAAAGCAGCUAAAUAUCAGUUCAGGAUAGAACUGAAAGCAGCCAAGUCCCGGCACAGAGAACGACUACAGGAGCAGUUUGGUAACAACGAUACUGCUUCUGUCUGGAGGGGCCUACGGGAGAUCACCAACUACAAACCCAAAGCCCCCCCCUGUGCUGACGACCACAAGCUAGCUGACAAACUGAACUUAUUUUUCAGUCGCUUUGAUGCUGCCCCUGACACCUCUCCCUCCCCUACCCCCCACUACUCUAACGGCCCACCCAUCAGCCCUGCCCCCAGCCUAACAAUAGCCUCUAAAGACAUAAAACAACUCUUCUUGAGGCUGCACCCCUGCAAAGCUCCUGGCCCGGACCACGUGUCUCCGGCCACUCUGAGACACUGCGCCAGUGAGCUUACUCCUGUGUUCACGGACAUUUUCAACACCUCUCUGCAGUCCUGCCAUGUCCCGGCCUGCUUCAAAUUCUCCAUCAUUGUCCCCGUCCCGAAGAAGCCCAGGAUCACAGGACUCAAUGACUACAGACCUGUAGCACUUACGUCUGUCGUCAUGAAGUCUUUUGAACGCCUGGUUCUCUCCCAUCUCAAGUCCCUCACCUCCCCCCUCCUGGACCCCCUGCAGUUCGCCUACAGAGCCAACAGACCUGUAGACGACGCCAUUAACCUGGCCCUCCACCACAUUCUACAGCACCUGGACUCCCCGGGGACCUACGCCAGGGUCCUGUUCGUGGACUUCAGCUCUGCCUUCAACACAAUCCUGCCAUCCCUGCUCCAGGACAAGCUCUCCCAGCUCAACGUGCCCGAUUCCACCUGCAGGUGGAUCACUGACUUCCUGACAGACAGGAAGCAGCGAGUGCGUCUGGGGAAGAAUGUCUCGGACUCUCGGAUUAUAAAUACAGGAGUCCCACAGGGGUGUGUUCUUUCUCCCCUGCUCUUCUCCCUGUACACCAACCACUGCACCUCCAGCCACGACUCUGUGAAGCUGAUCAAGUUUGCGGACACCACCCUCAUUGGACUCAUCUCCAACAACGAUGAGUCCGCCUACAGGAGGGAGGUGGACCGGCUGGUGUCCUGGUGCAGUGGAAGAGCACUGUCCCCCCGCCCCCACCCUCCGUGA